AUGAGAGCGGUGCAAGUGAAGAUGUGUGCGAAGAGAGUGUACGAUGUUUCUCGUGACCUAUGUGAACAGAAGUUACCAAUUCAUCAAGAAGGGCUGAGGGUGCUCAACUACACCAAAUUCGGAGACUCGUUGGUUGAAGCCCAUCCCGGUGAUAAUUCCUCAUUACUUCCGACGGCCGCACGUGAGAUCAGAAGGGCUUUCAGCGGGUGUAGGAGAAAAACAUCUGCAGGUGCAGAGUUUCAGUGGACUAAGAUGAAUAAAGAAGAUGAUGUUUUAGGUAAAUCUCACGAAACAUGGUUCUGGAAAUUAGAGCAACUCCCAAAUGAAGGUCAUCCUGUGAAUGUGGGAAAUGUAGGAAUAAUACCUCCUAAAUUUUCUGUCGCAAUGUGUCAGACCACUCCAUGGAGGUUGAUAUCUGUGAUCUUAGGAGUAACAGCCCUUGUGUUGAUGGGUACUUUGGGAAUUUUGUUAACAUACAGUAAUAAUCAGACACCACCAUCUCCAGCACCCACCACUGAACCCCAGGAACGCUCUGUCUGCUGUUCUUGCCAAGAAAAGUGGAUUGGAUACAAAUGCAACUGUUAUUUCAUUUCUAAUGAUGUUAAAACUUGGGCAAAGAGCAAGGAAUUCUGUGUUUCUCAAAAUUCUAGUCUACUUCAGUUGCACAAUGGAGAUGAAUUGCAGCGCUUUAUGAGCAUCAGUGAAAAUUUUUACUGGGUUGGACUCUCUUACAGCAAAGAACAUAAUGGCUGGUUGUGGGAAAAUGGCUCUGCUCUCAUCAAAAAUCAAUUGUCAUUCGCUAAACCUCCAGAUACAGGCAACUGCAUACUAUAUAGCCCAACCAAAAGUGUUUUGGAUGAAUCCUGCACAAAUAAAAAUUAUUAUAUAUGUAAACAACAGCUUCUUUAG